AGAUGGGAGUGAUUCGAUUUUCAAUUAAAUAUUGCAGCAAAAACGUUCCGGACGUUCGAUCUUAAUACCAACCUGAAUACGGUAUUGAACUGGAGUGUGAAGCAGCUGUUCUUGUAUCUGACGGCCGAAUACCAGACGGAACAGAACGAGCUCAAUCAGGUGGGACAAAAUGAUCCUGCGAGGCAAAAAUGCCCUGCUGGACUUCAAGAACAUGAACACCAAGUACAUUCUUUUCUGGGACAAUGGCAAUGGUUUGAAAGGCCACCAGAAUGUGACGUUGACCCUUGCCUUGAAUAUCGUUCAAAUGGAGGACUGCUUCCGAAUUUAUUUGUUCACGGACAUUAGACGAUCAAGUUCUCGGAAACCUACAUGCCGUCGCCGGUUUUUAGAACUAAAAAAUUAACACAAAAAAACCUACAAGAGCUUAUCGAAGAUUAUAAAAGAGCUAAAAAAAACGAAUCGAUAAUAAAACAAGCCAUCAAAGGAUUCGUUUUCAGCCGAACUGUAGCUGACGAUGCAGCAUUUCCAUUCAUCCCAUUCUAAUUGUUUUGUUUUCUGUUUUCAAAUUGGAGCAAACAUCAAUCAUCAAUGAAAACACCAAACUUCAGGAACAUCUGGUCGAAAUGACCCCUAGAACCGUGUGCACUUCUUUCUUAGUUCUUCAGAUAUGUAUGUUUAGAUAAAAGUAAAAAAAUCGAAAUAAAAUAAAAUUUGAAAUCA